UGGGCCAGGAAAUCGUAGCGUGCAGAAUCGUUCGGAGUUUUUGGUGGCAACUUUUUUUCUUUCCUAAUGGACUCCUUUUGUGACACUGAUUAAUAUUUUUGAUGUUGCCGGCAGAAAACCCGGCACACUAAUGUGAAAAUCAAGGUAGAAAAUUGCCACUUUCCCGUCGCGUCGGCGAUGUUUUUUUGAACGCCGAUUGAGGGCGGUAUGCUGCAACCUCGAAUCGGCGCUUCGUAGGUGAUUUAGAAAAUCGCGUUAAUUUUCCCGGGGACGAGGACGUCAGGAGGAACAUGGCGGCGCCCGUCUUCAGGACGUGCGUUGGCGAAGAAAGCGGUGAAAUUUCACCAUUUUCAGAGACGAGCUGGAAGAAGUUUGUAACUUGUUGUCAGCAGUGACAAGAAUUGGAUGGAAAGGAGAGAGGAGUUGCCCCAAAAAGCAAAGAUAUAGCGAAAAACGAACGACCAAAGGCCGAGUAUGGCUACCACCGGCAUUGGCAGAUAUUCUGCAAUGUAUCAAAAAUAAAGCGAGCGAAACUGAGGAUGGAGAAGAGCUCAACUAGUGAAGGAGGUGAUGGCGCAGGAGAUGUGGUAAUCCCCCGCAAGAGAAGACGCACAGGAGAGAAAGAGCAAAGGACCAGGCAUGCUCUACCAGUGGAGUGCAUCAUAUGCAAGAAGAGCAAAUGGAUCCAGCCGCCAUAUGGACCGCGGAAAAAAGAGCCACUCACAAACUGUGAAUAUGAAAAAGGUGGACAAAGGCUGCUGAACUACUCAAUGAUGAAUCCAUCCUUCUUGAUAUUCAAGAUCAAGACAUGGUGGCAAUCGAAGUCCGGUAUCACAGAUCAUGCCACAAGAAUUACAUCAAGGCGACUUGCCGUGUACAGACUUGUGUCGUUGCAGUGAUUGUGAGAACACCACUACUGAAGACAUCGAAUGCCUGUCCAGCGAUGACGAAGAAAGUGACAUUGAAGACGAUGAAUAGACACAGGGACUUCACGUAGUACGGAAAAGUUUACAUACAUGUAUUCAUCAUCAGCCAUAUUUAUGUGUUUGCUCAUUCUACAUGUACUUGUAAAUAUGCAUAG